UGCUCUCUCUCUAGUAGUCCAACGCGCACGACAAAGAACCCCGGUCGCAUCCCUGAAUACUAGGAGGUAAGUCAGAUGGCCCUGCUUGGACCUGUUACAUAUCCUUCCUGUCCACGGUGGUCCCCUGCCGUCCCUCUGCCGCGGAUUAACGUUCCCCGAUUUCGAUUAGGCAUUCGGAAAGAACCAACAUACCAAAUCGGCCGCCCCUAACUCUCCCUACCUUCCUACCUACUUGCUUCCCUAUCAUCCUUCGACUCGCCCCCGUUCCUGGAUCGAGUCGUCCUCCCUUCAGCUCCCCCGAUCCUCCAUCCUUCUUCAAGCGCUCUCACCCCGUCCUCUGUCGAACCCAUCAUCAUGCCUAAGAAAGGAGGAAAGGCUAAGAACAAGGGCAAGGGCAAGGGCAGCAGCGGUGCUGCUGCCACUGUCAACAAGGCUGCCGCCGACGUCCAGAACACCCUGAACCCCGGCCAGCAGGUUGAAGAAACGGCCCAGAAGAGCGAGGGAGAGGCCGAAAGUGCUGUUGCGACUGAGGCUGGUGAGGCCGCGACUGCGGCGCCCACCACCGCCGCUCCCGACACGGCCGCGAACGUCCCCUCGGCUGCCCCGCAGACGGAAGAAAGCUCCAACAAGGUCGAGGAGGCCGUCAAGGAUGUGAAGGCCGAUUCUGUUCUUGGAGAUGAUGCUGAUAAGACGACUACGUUGCCCGAGACAACCCCUGCGGCAGCUGCUUCUCUCCCUGAACGGCCCAAGGAAACCACCACUGAGGAGCCGACAACCACCGCUGCCGAUGCUGCCGAUACUCAUGUCAAGCGGCCUCACGAGAACACCCCGGCCGUCGCGGAAGAAGACCACAAGCCUCCCAAGAUGCUCAAGACCGAGGACGAGGCUCCGGCCCUGAAACCCUCCGAGUCGAUUGACGCCGGUGAUGCCAAGGCUGCAGUUCCCAGCGAGAAGGUUGGCGACGUGCAGCCUCAGGUUGUCCCCGGACUGGGCGCCGACCCUCGGGAUAACGUGUCGUCGGUUCUGGCGGUUCCCGGUCUCUCUUCUGUCGACGACAAGGCUGCCCCGGCCACGUCCUCGACUGCAGCCCCCAAGGCUGCCGAACCCCAGACCUCGGAGAAGGCUGCGUCGACUGCCGCUCCCGCUACCGACAGCAAACUGGACACCGCCAAGGAGGUUGCGACCCCCGAGGCCCCCAAGACGCAGGAGACCCCUGCCAGCACCAAGCCCGCGGAAACUGCCGCUCCCGUCUCUGCCAGCACUGAUGCCGCCGCCGCAGCCACGUCCACCCCGGCCAAGGAGACUGAAGUUUCUGCGGCAUCGCCGACCACGGAGACGGCAGCUGCUGCUCCUGCGGCCGUUGCCCCCGGCGCUGUGCCCGCCGAGAAAGAGGUCCCGGCUCCCUCGACCGUCCACGACAAGGCUCCCGUCAGCGAAGCCACCGACAAGAAAGAGGCUGUCUCGCAGCCCGCCGCUACUGCUCAGAAGGAAACAUCUGAUCUGAAGGAAUCGACGGGUGCCACUCAAGAUAAGGCUACUAGCGAGCCUAAGUCUCCUGCCGUUGCCGCUGCUGCUGCGGCUACUGCUGCGGCCAAGAAGCCUGAAGAGAAGAAGGCUGAAGAGAAGAAACCCGAGGAGACGAAGCCGGAGACGAAGCCCGAGGAGAAGAAGGCUGAAGAGGCCAACAAGCCCGAAGAGGCCAAGAAGGCAGAGACCAAGCCGGAAGAGAUCAAGAAGCCCGAGGAGGCCAAACUGCGGGAUUCUCAACCCGUCGAGGAGGCUCAGAAGGACGGCGCCGGUGCUGGCGAGUCCAAGACGCAAGAAGGCAAGCACCUCGCCGACAAGGCGAAGGAGACGGCCAAGUCGGAAGCCGACAAGGCGCAGGAGGCCGCCAAGAACGAGGCCGCAAAGGCCGACAAGCGCAAGAGCGGCUUCUUUGGCUGGCUCAAGCGCAAGGUCAAGGGAGAGAAGGCCUAAAUUUAUUUUCGUAAUGUCCGAUUUUAUUGGUCUGACGGACUUGAUACAGACUGACACAAGCCCUUAAUUGCUGAUACCCACAUGGCGGUUGGAUGGAACCAAAAUGAUUCAAAAAACCACGGAAAAAAAGUUGAAAACCCCAAGGAAAACGAACCGAAAUGACCAGCGAAGAAACUGUAUGAGAUCGGUUGUGUAUGAUAGUUAUGCGAGCGAUGGAAGGAUACCAAAAGCGACGGAAGGAAUUGGGCAACCAGGGAUAGGGAUAUCGGCUUUCUGUUUCUGCGAGAGGUGUCAACCUUGAUUUUUCUUUUUCCUGUGAUUUUAAUUCAAUUUCACGUUCUUCAAUUGCCAGUCG